AUGAUUACUAGUCAGUGUCAAAAUCAGCUCAUAAGUGGGCUCAAACAUACCCAAUCUUCAUCACAUCAACAAAUUCGUCAUUUCUCAAGAAGAAGAAUUGCAUACCCUUUUUAUAAAGCUCCAAAACAAGGUCGUCAAGGUAAAUAUGAACAUAAAACUCAAUUAAGAUUCCAAAUGGAAUGCUUUUUGGGGAAACCAAAUUAUAAAGGUGAAUAUCUUGAUAAUAAAUAUUUCAAACCAAGUCAAAAUCAUAAACCAAAAUAUAUCUUACCUGUUAGAGAAAGAGGUAAUCCAUUAAUUGAUUUUGAAACUGGUAAAGUUAAAGAUCAUAAAGGUAAUUUAAAAGAUGAUGUUAUACCACCAACUGCUAAUUAUCAUGAUUCUUUACAUCCUUUCCCUCAUAAUAAGAAUUGUAAAACAAAUUUCAUACUUUCUCAUCAAGAUAGAUCAUAUAUUUAUCAAAAAAUUACAAAAGAUAAUGUACCAACUCAACAAUUAGCUGUACAAAUGGGUAUUAAAAUCCCAAGAUUAGAAGCUGUUGUUAAAUUAAAAGAAAUUGAAGAAAGAUGGAAUAAAAAAAAUUUGGUAACACAAGAACUUAAAAAUAUGUCCAAUACAAUGUAUAAAAUGUUCCCAUUAUUCAAUUCAAAUCAACAUGCAGAAAAUUUAACUGAAAUUCCAGUUCCUGAAAGAACUUUAACUUCAAGAUUCUUAACAGUUGCAGAAAAUGAACCAUUUGGUCCAAUUGAAGCUUCAAAAAUUUAUAGAUUACCAUUAGCAACUGAUUUAUUAAAAAAUUUAGAUCAUGAUGAAUCAACACCAUCACCAAAACAACAACAUUACCAAAAACAACAUGAACCUAAAAUCCUUAGAACAAAAUCAACAAAACGUGGUCGUUCAGUUUUUGAAUUUAAACAAGCUAAAGUUGGUCAAGUUGGGUUCCGUUAUGGUACUGUAUUAAGAGAUAAUAAGAAGGAUAGAAGAGUUGAUUAUGAUGAAUCUGGUAAAAUGAUUUAUGCCUUACCAGAAUCAGGUUAA